UCCCGGUAAUGUCGCCGGAAGUAGUGAACGUCAGCGAAACUACAGAUGUAAACAAUAGUAGAACCCACGGAAGUUCCACCAUGUCCUACUUGGAGAGUGAGGACACGGUGAAAGAGCUGAAGCGGUCUCUGUCGAAUCCCAACAUACAGUCUGAUCCUUUGAGAUACAGAAACACCGUCCAUAAGGUUGUCAGGAUGAUGUCGCAAGGUUUGGAUGUUUCUGGCCUCUUCAGUGAAAUGGUGAAAGCUUGUGCCACGGUGGAUGUAGUCCAGAAGAAACUGGUCUAUGUCUUUCUGUGCUCCUAUGCCACACUAAACCCAGAGCUAUCCCUGCUGGUCAUAAACACCCUCAGGAAGGACUGUCAGGAUGCUAAUCCCAUGAUCCGCAGCCUGGCUUUAAGGAACAUGACCAACCUCAGGUUGCCCAGUCUUGUGGAAUAUGUGCAGCAGCCUUUGACGGCAGGACUGAAGGACAGAGCAGCUUGUGUGAGACGUGUUGCUGUGCUUGGCUGGGCCAAACUCUACAAACUCCAGCCAGACUCUGAAAUAGGUGAGUUUGUUUGCUCUUGCUCAAGGUUGUGUGCGUACAAAAUAAGUGGUGAGGAACUCCAUCCAGAUGCUUCUGUGGUGAACGAGCUAUACAGCCUUCUGCGGGACUCCGACCCAGUGGUGAUGGUCAACUGUCUGCGGGCGCUUGAGGAAAUCCUAAAGGAUGAAGGUGGAGUCGUUAUCAACAAACCCAUCGCGCAUCACCUGCUCAACCGUCUUAAAGAGUGUGACGUCUGGGGUCAGAGUGACGUCCUGAGGAUACUCCAGCGAUAUCGACCUCAUACGGAGGAUGAACUUUUCGACAUCCUCUCCCUGUUGGAUACUUCCUUGGUCAGUCCUCACCCCCAAGUCAUGGCUGCCACGCUCAGCCUUUUCCUCAGCUUGACCUCUGGGUUACCAGCGGUCAGUCUGGCUGCUUUGGAGAGGGUGCGGGGACCUCUGCUGGCGGCUUGUGGAAGUGGCUCCAGGGAGAUGAGAUUCACCGCGCUGUGUCAUAUACAGUUGCUAUUGCGUUCUCUUCCUGACCUCUUGGGGGCGCACUACAAACGUUUCUUCUGUGGCUAUGCCGAGCCAGCCUAUAUAAAACAAAGGAAAAUGCAGGUUCUGGUGGAGCUGGUGAACGACGAGAACGUGGACCUGUUACUGGACGAGCUGAAAUCCUACUGCACAGAUGUCAACACUGAAACUGCUCAGGCAGCAAUCUCAGCAAUAGGUCGUAUCGGAAGAAGCUACAGCGAUAAAUGUCUGGCAAUUCUCACUGGACUACUGGGGCUCAAACAGGAACACAUCACUUCUGCCGUCGUGCAGACAAUGCGAGAUCUGGUCUGGGUGUGUCCUCAGUGCAGCCACACCGUGUGUUCAGCUCUGGAUGGUUGUGAGGAGACGCUGCAGGACAGUCAGGGCCGGCAGGCCUUGCUGUGGCUGCUGGGCGUCUACGGGGACCGAGUGUCCGGAGCGCCCUACACACUAGAGGUGUUCAUUGAUGCUGUGAGGAGUGAGACGUCACUGGGAGUCAAGAUGGAGCUGCUGACGGCCGCCAUGCGGCUUUUCCUGAGUCGACCUGCCGAGACCCAGGACAUGCUGGGAAGACUGCUGCACUACUGCAUUGAGGAGGAAACGGACAUGUGCGUCCGUGACCAAGCUCUCCUCUACUAUCGCCUCUUGCAAAGUGGGAUAGAGAAGACCCGCAAAGUGCUGGAGGGUCACCGCUCUGACCCCUCCCUCGGCGUCCUCAUUGGCCGCCCUGCCGAGCCGGUCAGCCAGUGGGCUCACUGCUUCAACAUGCUGGAGCCUUUGCAGCACAGCGCCAUCAAGACGGAGCCUGCGAGCCGAGCCAGUCCACUUCAUUCGACCUAUGACCCCAGUGCUGACCUCCAAGCCAACUUGACCGCUGCUAAAGUGGAAGAGGUCAAUCUGGAUCUAGCCGCGCCGCCUGCAAGUUCAUCUGAAGCGGAUGUUGUCAGCCUCAGCUUGACCCCGACCGUCAGUCCAGAGGAGUUUGAGCGUCUUUGGUUGCAGCGUCAGGGUGUGACGGUGGGAGCAGAUGAGGCAGGGGCUCCCUGGAGAAGCAGUUUCCUCCUGGGAAGGAGAGUUCAGGGUCCUGAGCAGCAAAAAGAAAAGGAAGUGGUCUGUGUGACAGACUAUGUCUACUGUCCUGCCAUCCUUCAGUGUUCACCGCAGAGUCUUCAGGCAGCCAUGCAGCUCCUCAAUAUCCAGCCUCUAGCCUUCACACCAGCACACACGCUUCCCUGGAGGGUCUACCUGUACACACACACCCACUAUGGAGAUCCAACCAGUAGCCCCGCUGUCACGCUUGUGCUGGCGGAGCUGCUCUACACUGGGGAGGCCAACAGCGAAGCUGCAGGAGCAGUGGACGAGGAAACAAGAGAUGUAGAAGAGGAGAGGUUGGAAAAGAAGGGUUGUACCUCAACAGAUUGUGUGAAAGUGACUUUAGAGCAAAGACCAAGAGAUGACCGGGCUCUGCAAGGGUUCCUCUCCAUCCUCACCAAGCUGCUGCAGGCGCUGACGGCAGAGAAGUCUUCUGCACAAGGCGCCGGGAGAGAAGGAAAUAAGGAGAUGUGAAGGCGACAAUCGUCAUUUGCAUGACUCUUCUGAAUGUAAAUAAAAGUGGCAUACA